GAACCCGAAGCUCUGUCUCCGUUUGCUCCAGGUAGCUAUAGCUAGUUGACCAAAAAAAAAAAAAAGGUAGCUAUAGCUAGCAAGCACUCGAAUGCGGUGCAGUUUUUGAGGCAUCGGGUUUCGAAGAACACACAGUAACGGUUCCCACAUGGCGGUUCCGCUUUACGAGACGCGGCGUCACGCUUCCAGUCACGGUGACCCUCCUCCACACCACCACCACCGCAACCACCAGGUAAACGAUGGCGCUAAGGGAACCUUGCUCUCUCUGCUCUCAGUUCGAGGUGUGAGUCAACUCAAGGAGAAAUGGACCGAGUACAAUCAAACGAAGAGGCUUCGUAGAUUGGUGUCGCUGUUUGUUUCCCCUUCCGCCAAGCACGUUGCAGUCGCCGCCGGGAAUCGAGUAACGAUUUUGAGUAAAGAAGAUGAUUAUCAGCAACCAUGCGCCAUUUUCACUGGUUCUAGCUUUGGCACGUUUAGUGUGGGAGCUUGGUCUGAAGAUGAUGAGAUACUUGGAGUUGCUGAUGACUCUGAUACACUGUAUUUUAUGAAAUUCAAUGGUGAGGUAGUGGCAGAAGUUACCAAGAGGGAUUUGAAAAUCUCGUCGCCGAUCGUUGGUCUGUUUUCUGAUAAUGGUUUGUGUAGGUUCACUCUCAUUACUUCAGAUGGUUGGGUUCAACAAAUUGAGAUCAGUUAUGGACAGAGUGGCUCGACCUUUCCCAAGUGCAUUUCCAACCAAAGGACUCAUCUCUGCAACAAUGUUUUCUGCUUUGACUGCAGCCAUGAACAUAACCUUGUUGCGGCUGUUCACCAGAACUCUGGAUCCUGCCAUCUUUCUCUUUGGCAUAAAAACUCAAGCACAGAAUUGGAGCAGUUAUUCUCUUUGCAGUUUGAAGGAUUAUAUUUAAAAUCAAAAGGUUACAUAGGUCAGCUAUCAUAUCCAAAGGUGGUAAUCUCACCACAAGCUACAUUUGUUGUUACUCUAGACUUGGCAGGAUGCUUGCAUAUUUUUAAGUUGGACAAAGAACGAUUUACACUCUCCAAGUUUUUCUGGAGAGAGAAAGAUGAUUCUUCAAUAGCUGAUAAUUUAGCAAAUGGAGGGAACAAAUCUUUAGUGGGUUUUAUGGAUUUUACUUGGUGGUGUGACCAUAUCCUUGCUGUUGUAGAUAGGAAUGGUGUGGUUGUGUUGAUAGACAUUCUUAAUGGCUCCAAAAUUCACGAAGAGGAUCCUGCAUAUUUUCUACCUGUUCUGGAAAGAGCACAGAAAUAUAAUGGCUACCUUUUUCUUUUAGCAAGUUUAUCAUCCAAAGAAAGAUCUAGUCUUUCUGACUAUGGAUUAUCAGAUGAGUUGCACCAGACAGAGUGGAUUGUUGAAGAUAGGCUGAAAGAAUUUCACCUUUCUAGUUUGCUCUGGUUCCUUGUUUCAUUUUCUGAGAAAUCUGUCCCUGAAAUGUAUGGUAUAUUGAUCAGCAAGAAAAGAUAUCAGGCCGCUCUGGAUUUUGCUGAUAGACAUGGAUUGGAUAAGGAUGAGGUUCUGAAGUCACAAUGGUUGAAUUCUAGCCAUGGAGUAAAUGAAAUAAAAAUGUUUUUGUCAAAUAUUAAGGAUAGAAAUUUUGUACUUUCUGAAUGUGUUGAUAGAAUUGGACAAACAGAAGAUGCUGUGAAGGCUUUGUUGGCUUAUGGUCUACGUAUCACCGUCCAGCAUAGAUUCUCAGAAGUAGAUGAUAAUAAUUCUAGUCAAAUAUGGGAUGCCCGCUUGGCCCGACUUCAAAUCUUGCAAUUUAGAGACAGGCUGGAAACAUAUCUUGGAGUAAACAUGGGCAGGUUUUCUGUGCAGGAAUAUAGCAAAUUCCGUGUUAUGCCUAUUAAUGAAGCUGCCAGAACACUUGCUGAAAGUGGAAAAAUUGGUGCUUUGAACUUGCUCUUCAAGCGCCAUCCAUAUUCUUUGUCUCCCUUUAUGUUGGAAAUUUUAGCUUCCAUCCCAGAAACAGUUCCUGUCCAAACAUACGGGCAGCUUCUUCCUGGGAGGUCUCCUCCUUCUGGUGUUGCUGUGAGGCAAGAUGAUUGGGUUGAAUGCAAGAAGAUGGUUCACUUCAUCAAAACAUCAGUUGAAAAUCAUGACAGUCAAAUCCAUGUCAAAACUGAGCCCCUUGUGAAGCAUUUUCUUGGAUAUUUUUGGCCAUCAAUUGAUGAGCUCUCAAAUUGGUAUGCAAAUAGAGCUAGAGCUAUGGAUGAUUUUAGUGGUCAGCUUGAUAACUGUCUCAGCCUACUUGAGUUUGCUCUUCGCAAAGGCCUAUCUGAGCUGCAACAGUUUCAUCAGGAUGUCUUAUAUUUACAUCAGAUUAUUUACUCUGAUGACAAUGAUAGUGAAAUGAGCUUCAAUAUGAGUCUUGUCAUGUGGGUAGAACUGCCAGACUAUGAUAAAUUUAAAUUUAUGCUAAAAGGAGUCAAAGAGGAAAAUGUAACUGAAAGGUUACGGAAUAGAGCUAUUCCAUUUAUGUGUGAAAAAUUUCACAGGGCAUCCGUAAUUGGAGAAGCCACUUCUUCUGAUUCUACAAAUCAAAAUACAGAGGAAUCAUUUCUAGUCAGAUGGUUGAAGGAAACUGCUUCAGAUAAUAAGUUGAACAUAUGCUUGGUGGUCAUUGAGGAAGGGUGCAGAAACUUUCAAAGUAAUGCCUUUUUCAAAACUGAUGUUGAAGCUGUUGAUUGUGCUUUGCAAUGCAUAUAUUUGUCCACAAUUACUGAUAGGUGGAGUAUCAUGUCAGCCAUACUAUCUAAACUUCCUCAACUACAUGAUGGUACAAUUGCUGAAGUUGAGAACCUUGAGAGAAGACUUAGAAUUGCUGAAGGUCAUAUUGAAGCAGGGAGGCUUUUAGAGUUGUACCAGGUCCCAAAGCCAUUGAACUUUUUCUUAGGGGCUCAAUCAGAUGAAAAAGGUGCAAAACAGAUUAUUCGUCUUAUUCUUUCUAAAUUUAUUCGCCGCCAGCCAGGCCGGUCAGAUAGUGAAUGGGCCAGCAUGUGGCGUGAUAUUCAGUACUUGAGAGAAAAGGCAUUUCCUUUUCUGGACCUGGAGUAUACUUUAAUUGAAUUUUGCAGAGGACUACUUAAAGCUGGGAAGUUUGCUCUUGCACGGAAUUACUUGAAGGGUACAAGUUCUGUUGCUUUGGCAUCAGAGAAGGCAGAAAACCUUGUCAUUCAAGCAGCUAGGGAGUACUUUUUCUCCGCAUCAAGUCUUUCUUGUUCUGAAAUCUGGAAGGCUAGAGAAUGUCUUAAUCUCUACCCAAGUACUGGAAAUGUGAAGGCAGAGGCAGAUAUUAUUGAUGCACUUACAGUUAAGCUUCCAAACCUUGGGGUGAAUAUUCUUCCUGUGCAAUUCAGGGAAAUAAAAGAUCCUAUGGAAAUUGUAAAGAUGGCAAUCACAAAUCAACCAGGAGCAUAUUUUCAUGUUGAUGAACUUAUUGAAGUUGCCAAACUUCUUGGCUUGAGGUCUGCUGAUGAUGUGUCAGCUGUUGAGGAAGCUAUUGCUAGAGAAGCUGCAGUUUCUGGUGAUAUACAGUUGGCAUUUGAUCUCUGUCUUGUUUUGGCCAAAAAAGGACAUGGAUCCAUAUGGGAUUUAUGUGCUGCUAUUGCAAGAGGUUCUGCCGUUGAAAAUAUGGAUGUGGACUCCCGUAAACAACUCUUAGGGUUUUCUUUGAGCCACUGUGAUGAUGAAUCCAUUGGUGAUCUUCUAGUUGCAUGGAAAGACGUAGAUAUGCAAGGCCAGUGUGAAACACUAAUGAUGGCGACAGGGACAAAUUCUUCAAAAUUUUCAGUGCAAGGUUCUUGUGUAAACUCACUUCCAAAGCAACGUUUUCAAAACACACUAGAUGGAAAUGGUUGCUUUCAAGAGUUUGACAAUAUUACCACUGACAAUCAGGAUUUUCAUCUUGAGAAAAUCAGAGACAUGCUUUCCAUUGUUGCUAAAACCUUGGCUGUUGGGGAUGGUGCUGAUUGGGCAUUGGGCUUGACAGAAAAUGGGAAAGCUCUAUCUUUUGCUGCUUUUCAACUUCCUUGGUUAAUUGAAUUGAGUAGGAAAGGAGAACAUAAUAAGAAACUUAGUACGGGGAAGCAAUAUUUAAACAUCAGAACACAGGCUGUGUUAACCAUUUUGUCCUGGUUGGCUAGAAAUGGAUUUUCCCCCAGAGAUGAUCUGAUUGCAUCCCUAGCAAAAUCCAUUAUGGAACCGCCAGUCAGUGAAGAAGAAGAUAUAAUGGGGUGCUCUUAUCUUUUGAAUCUUGUGGAUGCCUUUAAUGGGGUAGAGGUUAUAGAAGAACAGCUCAAAAUAAGAAAAGACUACCAAGAAAUUUGCAGCACUAUGAAUGUUGGGAUGGCAUACAGCUUACUGCACAACUCUGGAAUAGGGACUGACCCUGCUCAGCGGAAGGAGCUAUUGAAGAGGAGGUUUAAGGAAAAGCAUACGUCACCCAAUUCUGAUGAUAUAGAUAAACUUGGCAAGGUACAGUCCUCAUUUUGGAGAGAAUGGAAACUGAAGUUGGAAGAGCAAAAGCGUCUCACUGAGCAUUCUAGAGCACUACAGAAAAUAAUUCCUGGGGUUGAAGCUGAGCGUUUUUUGUCUGGGGAUUCCAUCUAUAUUGAGAAUGUUGUUGUCUCUCUCAUUGAGUCAGUAAAGUUAGAAAAAAAGCACAUUUUUAAGGACAUUUUAAAACUGGCUGAUACUUAUGACCUUAACUGUACUGAGGUGCUAUUGCGUUACCUAACUGCUGUCCUUGUUUCUGAUGUUUGGACAAAUGAUGAUAUUACAGCUGAAGUUGCAGGUUAUAAAGGAGAAAUUAUUAGUAAUGGUGCCAAAACCAUUGAAACCAUCUCAACAAUUGUAUAUCCUGCAAUUGAUGGUUGCAAUAAACUUCGCCUUGCUUAUGUGUAUGGCCUGUUGUCAGAGUGCUACUUGCAGCUGGAAACUACCGAAGAUUUAUCACCAGUAGUACAGCCUGAUCAUGCCAAUGCCAAUCUAAGGUUUGCUCAAUAUUACAAAGUCAUUGAGCAAGAAUGCAAAAAUGUAUCCUUUAUCAAUAAACUCAACUUCAAAAAUAUAGCUGGGUUACGUGGUUUGAACUUUGAGAGCUUUAGUGAUGAAGUUUAUGCAUGUAUUGAGGAAAGCAGCUUGUCAGCUUUAUCAAACAUGGUACAGGCUCUAGUCAAUAUGUAUGGUGAUUCAUUGCCUGAGGGUUUCAUGUCAUGGCAGGAUGUCUACAAGUAUUACAUCCUAAGUUUGCUGAGUUCUUUGGAGACUAAAGCUACGACUGAUUCUAGUAGAACUCCCGAAUUCCUUCAAGGAUUUAUAAGUAAGCUUGAGCAGAGCUAUGACAUGUGCCGAAUGUAUAUUAGAUUCUUGAACCAGUCUGAUGCUUUGGGAAUCACGAAGCAGUACUUCACUGUAAUCAUGCCUCUCUGCAGUUCAUAUGGAUCCCUACCUGACAAUUCAACCUGGCAAGAGUGCCUUAUUAUUCUUUUAAACUUUUGGAUAAGAUUGACAGAUGAUAUGAAGGAAAUUUCAUUGGAGGAAAGUCCAGGUGAAACUAAUAGCUUCAAUCCACAAUGUUUAAUGACUUGUCUGAAGGUUUUGAUGAAAUUGGUGAUGGAGGAUAUCAUCUCCCCUAGUCAGGGAUGGGGGAGCAUAUAUGCUUAUGUCAAUUGUGGCUUAAGUGGUGAUUCGACAGUAGAAAUUUAUAAUUUUUGCCAAGCUAUGAUUUUUUCCGGGUGUGGGUUUGGUGCCAUUUCAGAGGUUUUUUCUUUUGCAUCUUCGGAAACUGGUUCAGCUUCUAAUUGGGGCACAGGUUCCCCGGAUCUUCCUCAUUUGUAUUUAGAUAUUCUUGAAGCUGCUCUGCAGGAAUUGGUCAAUGGAUCGCAUGAGAGCCAGAAGCUGUAUCCUAUAUUGUCAUCUUUAAGCAAGCUGGAAGGUGACUUAAAAGUUAUGCAGUGUGUUAGGCAUGUAAUUUGGGAAAAAAUGGUCCAGUUCUCUGACAAUUUACUGUUACCAAGCUCCAUUAGAGUUUAUGUGCUUGAGCUAAUGCAAUUUAUCUCAGGAAAGAAUAUUAAGGGUUUCUCUCCAGAAAUACUAGCCAAUAUGCAGCCAUGGGAAGAAUGGGAUGAAUUGCUUUAUGCUAGUAGAAAGAGUGAGACUGAUGUUGACAAGCAUUUGCCAGACCGCACAGAUUCUUCUAAUAGGUUUACAAAUACUUUGGUUGCUCUUAAAUCAUCUCAGCUUGUGGCAUCAAUCUCUCCCAGCAUAGAGAUUACCCCUGAUGAUCUAUUGAAUGUGGGCACAGCUGUUUCUUGCUUUUUGAGGUUGUGUGGGGAAGCUCAGAAAGAUCUCCACUUUGAUGCUCUCCUUGCUAUUUUGGAAGAGUGGGAUGGACUUUUCAACCCAGGGAAAGAUGGAGAAACCACUGCUGAAGCAUCUGACGUAGGAAAUGACUGGACCAAUGAUGAUUGGGAUGAAGGAUGGGAAAGUCUUGAGGAAGUAGACAAUUCUGAAAAAGAAAAGAACGAGGAUUCUGUUUCUGUUCACCCUUUACAUGUGUGUUGGGCAGAGGUUCUUAGAAAAUUCAUAAGCAUAUCGAGGUUUAGUGAUGUGCUGAGUCUGAUUGAUCAAUCAUCAUUAAAACCUAAUAGUGUGUUACUUGAUGAAGAUGAUGCCAGGAGCUUAAGCCAUAUAGCUCUUGGCAUGGAUUGCUUUCUGGCUUUGAAGAUGACACUAUUGCUGCCGUACAAAACAUUACAAUUGGAGUGCUUGAGUGCGGUUGAGGAUAACAUAAGACAAGGCAUCCCUGAAGCAAGGAGCAAGGACUUUGAGUUAUUAGUUCUAAUUUUAACUUCUGGGAUUCUCACUUCUAUCAUGACUGAUUCUUCCUAUGGUACUACUUUCUCUUAUCUCUGCUAUUUGGUUGGAAACUUGUCCAAUCAAUGUCAACAAGCUUUGGUGCCAGGUAGAGGAUUUGCCAAUAGUGAAGAUCAAGAAAAUGAAUUGCUUCUUUUCAGAAGGAUCCUUUUCCCGUAUUUUAUAUCGGAACUUGUGAAGGCUGAUCAACAUGUUCUUGCUGGAUUUCUUGUCACGAAAUUUAUGCACACUAAUGAGUCACUGAGCCUCAUUAACAUUGCCGGGGCCAGUCUUAAUAGGUAUCUGGAAAAGCAGCUCCACAUGCUACAAGGCAACGAGUUCCAUGUCGAGAAGACAUGUAAAACAUUGAAGAAUACUAUUAGCAGGUUGAGAGGCAAACUGAGCAAUUUGAUUCAAUCCACAUUGCCUUUGCUUUCUGCAAGUGUUAGUUGAAAAAAGUUUCUGUAUGAUAACCCUGUUACCCCAAAUAUUGUUUGUUUUAGAAAAUUACCAUUUGCAUCAAAUUAGGAUGGGGGUUGGCUGGGAUGAAUUGCUUGGUCAAAAGAAAAGCUGGUUGCAGGUUCAAAUUUUCAUCCAUACAUGUAUAUGUGUUUAAGAAAGAAUUGGUCAUAUUUCUGCCC